GUGAAAAUGUAAAGAUGAUUAGAAAAAAAUAGUUUAUAUUUAGAAAAUCUAGUUUUUGAUAAGAACCGCUGAUGGAACUUAAUUCUUUGUUGGACCCUGAGAGUUAGAACGGGAGAAGGGAGGAAUCUCUACCUGGGUAGAAGGACUGGAAGAGUGGAGAAGAGGAGGGAGGAAGAAAAACCUCCCUCUACGGAUAUGACAUGAAUCCUGGAAAGAGGUAUGACCCUGAGUUCCCGUAUGAUGAGUAUGGACGUGAAGGAAGCCAAGGCUCCGGGUAUUCUCCACACCAGGAUGCAGGAUAUUCUCGCCAGGACUCAGGAUACUCCCAUCAUGAUGUAGGAUAUCCAUCAGAUGGAUUUGAUCCCGGAUAUUCAACUGAUCAUGGAUAUGUUAGCGAUCCCCUCCCGUAUGGGGAAGGUGGUAGGCGGGCUGGACACAUGUUUCCUCCGCAUGGAGGAGAAAUUGGUCGAGUAGGACGAGGAGGAGGAAACGAGGCACAAGCUUUGGUUGCUCUUGAUAAAGCAAACAACAAGCCGGUUGCCUUCAGUGUGCGGACUAACGUUAUGUACGACGGAUCGUUAGAUGAUGAUUCUCCGGUACAUGGGAGUGCAGUAAGUUUCAAAAUUGGAGAUUUUCUUCACAUAUUUGAGAAGUAUGAUAGUAACUGGUGGAUUGGACGGAAGGUUCGAGAAAGUUGUGAUAUUGGUUUCAUCCCCUCACCAGCUAAGCUAGAGCAGCUUAUCCUACAGCAGGCUCCAGCGGGAAAGGGAUCAAAAGUUAAAUCUCUCAGUGCUGGGAAUUUACAGAACCUGAAUACAAGGAUUGGAGGAGGAACACCUCCAUUAACAGGGUUGGAACCGGAGCAGAACGGGACCGAAGGGGGCGGAGUUAAAGUGACGGCACCCCCAGUGAUUGAAAAAAAGAAAGGACUACUCGGUAAAAAGCAAGAGACCUUGUCACCUUAUGAUGUAGUGCCUAGCAUAAGACCGUUGGUCUUGGUAGGACCGUCCCUCAAGGGAUACGAGGUUACUGAUAUGAUGCAAAAAGCUGUGUUCGAAUUCUUAAAAAAUAAGUUUGAAGGACGAAUUAUCAUAACUCGAGUGUCUGCGGAUAUUUCUUUAGGAAAGAAAUCUGUCUUGAAUAAUCCUUCCAAGCGGGCGAUCCUGGAGAAAUCCAGCUCUAGGUCUAACAAUCUUGCCGAGGUUCAGGCAGAGAUUGAACGGAUCUUUGAGCUUAGUAGAUCCAUGCAGUUGAUAGUACUAGACUGUGACACGGUGAACCAUCCCUCACAACUUGCAAAAACCUCCUUGGCUCCGAUUAUUGUGUACCUAAAGAUUUCCAGUCCUAAGGUUUUACAGAGAUUAAUAAAAUCCCGUGGAAAGGCUCAAUCCCGUAAUAUCAACGUCCAGCUGGUGGCCGCCGAAAAGUUGGCCCAAUGUCCUCCUGAGAUGUUUGAUGUUAUCCUAGAUGAAAAUCAACUUGAUGAAGCAUGUCUCCAUAUAGCAGAGUACCUAGAGGCAUAUUGGCGGGCUGCAGUUCCUCCGAAGAAAGGACCAAUUCAAAAUCAUCAAUCACAACUCCCAGAUCCAAACACUUCUCCGAGCUUAGGACGCAGAGAUCCUGCUCCAAUCCUUCAAAACCAUAGCAAGCAAGGUUCUGCUCAUGGUAGUGUUGGUUCAAACCAUGCUCCAGUUCCUGUUCCGGGAUCCCAUCAUGGAUCAGUUCCUGCUCCAGGAUCCCAUCACGGAUCAGCUCCAGUUCCGGGAUCCCAUCACGGAUCCCAUCAUGGAUCAGGACUAGGGAUUCCAUCCCAACACGAAUCCAAUCAUGGAGGUCUCACUCCUCAGGGUAGUUUUCAUCACACGGAGGAGUUUCCUCCAGAACCAAAUCACGCGCUGCCCCCUCCUCCUCGAAGAGGUCAGCCUCACCUAGAUGAAUACGGACCUCGGAGACCGCGAGGAGAUCCUUAUGUUGAACGAGGGCGGUCUAUUGAUGAUAGAGAUUACAGAUUCAAUGAAUCUGAGGGAUGGGAUGAACGGAGAAGGGAUGAACCGCUCCGACAACCUGCUCACGUACCUCUUCCUUCCCUCCAGGAUUAUCCGGACAGAUUUGAAAGAUAUGACGGAGAUCAGUUCCAACAAAGAGACUUCUUUGCCGAACCUCGGCCGAGAAAUUUCCAGGGAAAAGACGAUUUUCAAACACUUCGACAACGUUAUGAUGAAGACUAUUGAAAAUAUAACAUUGUACAGCAAGACACAGCUUUCCACUCUACAAUCUACAUUUUUACUUCAGUGCUGUGCACUUCUUAGCAUCAACUCUUUGUAUGAUUUAUCCUCAUCCUUAACUUUAGUUUUGUAUAAUAUCCUAUAAAUGUUUAGUUUCUCACCUUUUUUAAUCCAACCUUUUAAUGUUGUUUGUUCAGCAAAACUUGCUAAACUUCCCGUUAAACAUAUAUUUUGUUGAACAAAUGAGAAACUUUUUAGCUCAGGACUCUUGGUUCUCCUGGUUUUCUUAGACAUAUCUACCCUACAUUCAUUUCCAUAUCUUGUUCUUGAUAGUUCAUGUACCCCUAGUACCAUCCAACACCAAUCUUCAGGCGACCUAGCCAAGCCCACCAUUCGUACUGUUUUCAUGUACUGCACUACUCCCUUACAAAUUCUAAUGAGCUAUGUUUUUAAUGCCUAGCUCCCCUUAAGAAUCAAUCUGUUUUAUUUCUCAAAAUUUUUUCUCCCAUAAAGCCUGUGAUAUCUUGUUUUGUAUCUAUAUUGUUGGAACACCCUGGGUCGCCAUUUUUCAAAGUAACGAAAUAGAAAAUGGCUACAUGCAAGAAGGGAAAAUUUGGUUUGGUAAAUAUGACGAAGACGACUUGCUAUGACUUUUGUUUAGAUUAUAGCUAUACAAGUACACGAAAAAAUCAAUCUCAUUUGGCAAGACUUCUAAUCUUUACCAAACCUCCCCCACACAAAAAAUACUGCAACAAUUUUAGAUGAUAUCAAGUAAAUAUUUCUCUUUUAGAAUAUCAACCUUUUCCAUCUCUGAGGGAUGAAUGCUAGUUUAUCUUUCAUUAAUAAUUUAGUAAAUGAAGACACUUGGCGUGACAAGCAAACCGCCAAAUAUAUUUCGAUCUUUAUCAAAAUAUGGUUUCAAAGAAAUAUUUCUCUUUCCAGAACUUUUUUUUUAUUUUAAGUUAGGAGUUUAAUCACAAAUUUGUUCUUAGUGAAGUAUAUGCACAAAAAAAUCUUAUUGUCUUUACACAUGAUUAAACACGUGGUUGUAAAUUUUAUAAAAUAUUUGUUUAUGAAUUUUAAUCUAGCAUUUCUGCCCUAGCACUGGACAGUUUUAUUUUAACUCCUUCCAUCCUGUAAAUUAUUGUUCCCACCUUCACCAUCUUAACCCUAUAAACUUGUGCAAGGUGGCUCCAUAAUAAAACAGUUUCUUUGCCCACCUUGUGCUACGACCCAUGUAGUUUCUACCCCCCCCCCCCCCAUCUACCCAUUGCUAGACAAUAUAUCAAGAAAUAUUUUCAAUUGAUAAUUUAAUUUGAAAGUUUAGCAAGAAAUUAAGAUACUUCUUUUAUAAACUUGUUUAAACUAUAUUAAAUCAAUGUUGCCAAUGCGGAUAUUUCCUUGUAAGAACAUCUCCUCUCUCUACAGUUUUAUAUUAACACAUAUAUUUUAUAUUCUCUUCUCCCACCAGAACUUAUCAUAAUAAUACAAGGUUUCACGUUCUCUAGGUAAUUCAAUACAAGCCCCCACGACAAUAUUUUAAUUCAAGUUUUCAUAUUCUAGAUAAUCGUUUUUUUAUUUCCUUGUUCUAAGGAAACACAAGAAAGUCAAAAUAAACCUCUGUGAUUCUCUUCU